GAUGAGCUCUUAUGCCUUGCUUAGUUGUUUUUUAGUAAUGCAAAUGGCCGGGGUUUCAAAUGGUUUUCUUCUUUCGAUUUCGGCUAGAAGUUCCUUCCUUUUUGUAGAGUUUUCGAUUGAUUUGUGAUUUGAGUCCAAGGGGGAUUUUAAAGUUAGUUUUUUGGGGAGUUUCUUUCGAUAUUCUGUAUUUUUUUUUUUUUUUUUCGGUUUUUUUUUUUUUUUUUUUUUUUUUUUUUAUAAUUUUCCCUCUGUAGUUUACUUCUGGGGAUACCUUCAUGCGAGCUUUAAUUUUCGGGGUUGAACAAUCCUGCACGGCUCUUGAAAAGUAAAGAAAGUCAUUAGUGGUUUCUUGCGGGUAUUUUUUGUUGGACUGACUUUGAAGUAGCAUUCCUAGGCGACUUUAGUUUUUGUCUUUGUUUCGUUCUUUUGUUUGUGGUGCCUUGGUGCUUAGAGUUUUAUGAAGUAGCAUAAUAUUUUGCGAUAUCUUGCUUGGAUUUAUAGAGUUGCAGAAUUAAUGAGAUGGAGAAAUCUUCAGAUAUUUCAGACACUGCAGGUCAGUCAAAUGUUCCAUCUCUGAAGAUUGGUCAAAAGUUUGGAAGUAGCGCAUGGCCUGUUCCAUCUGGAUCUAAUAUGUACAAAGGAUCAAGUGAUGCCAGUCUAUUUUCAAGUUCGUUACCUGUACUUCCACAUGAGAAAUUGAUAUUUCCGGAAGCCGAUGUUGCCAUUCAGUCUAUGGAAGAUGCGUCAUCUGAGUUGAGCAAAGAAAAUAAGAAUGCAGUUCAGGGUUACUUGGAUGACACCAAUGUUCAUGUCAUUGGGAGCAUGCUUCCUAAUGAUGAGGAAGCACUUCUAGCUGGUGUACUGGAAGAUUUUGAUCUCACUGAGUUGCCUGGCCAAAUAGAAGAAAUGGAAGACUUUGACAUCUUUGGCAGUGGUGGGGGAAUGGAAUUAGAUCUUGAUCCUAUGGAGAAUCUGACAUCAGGGAUUUCAAGCAUGCAUUUAAAUGAAGGAUACCUUGUAAAUGGUAUUGCUCAUUAUGGCCUUUCAAAUGGAGGAGGAGCUAUUGUUGGGGAGCACCCGUAUGGGGAGCAUCCUUCAAGAACACUAUUUGUGAGGAACAUCAAUAGUAAUGUUGAAGACUCUGAGCUACGUUCAUUAUUUGAGCAAUAUGGUGAUAUCAGAACCAUGUACACUACUUGCAAGAAUAGGGGAUUUGUUAUGAUAUCUUACUAUGACAUUCGAGCUGCUCGGACUGCUAUGCGUGCAUUACAAAAUAAACCUUUGCGGAGGAGAAAGCUGGAUAUCCAUUUUUCCAUACCUAAGGAGAAUCCAUCAGACAAAGAUUUGAACCAAGGAACUCUUGUGAUAUUUAAUUUGGAACCAUCAGUUUCAAAUGAUGACCUUCUUCAGCUAUUUGGAAAUUUUGGAGAAGUAAAGGAGAUAAGGGAAACGCCACACAAAAGACAUCAUAAAUUUAUUGAAUUUUAUGAUGUUCGAGCUGCUGAAGCAGCCCUUCGAGCAUUGAACAAGAGUGACAUAGCUGGGAAGCGCAUAAAGCUUGAACCUAGUCGUCCUGGUGGUGCUCGGAGAAGCUUAAUUCAUCAAAUUAACCAAGACAUGGAAAAGGAUGAAACCAGAAUUUAUGGACAACACGGGGGUUCACCUAUAGCCAGUUCUCCUCCAGGUAUAUGGGCACAAAGUCCAAUUGAAAAUGAAUCUUUUCCAUCUCUUAGUCAGUCUAGUGGUACGAGUGGUCCCAUAGGUGGAAACUAUUUGCCUGGAUUAGCAUCUUUAGUGCCUACAUCGUCAAACUCUAUGAGGAUUGCUCCUAUUGGGAAAGAACAAAACAGGAUUAACCAUGCUGAUCAUGUACAUAGCAACCAACUAUCACAAGGAUCACAAGGAUUAGCAUAUCAGCAUUCUCAUUCCUUUCCAGAGAGAAGUGAAAUGAUGCUCAAUAUGGUCUCAAAUACGGAAAGUGGAUCUUCUCUUAUUCCUAGAUUGAAUGCAUCUGGUGUUAGCACAAUUACUGGAUCCCAGUCUCUAUGGGGUAGCCCUCCCUUUAGUGAUCUUUCUCAUCCUUCUUGGCAAUCUAUGAGACAUCAAAUUACAUCUAAUGGCCAAGGCCAAGGGCAGAGAAGUCUAUAUCCGGGUCAUCAUGUCCCUUUCAUUGGUUCACCAUCUUCUCAUAAUCAUCUCUACCAUCAUGUAGGAUCUGCUCCAUCUGGUAUAACAUUUGAAAGGCCUUUUGGCUAUUUUCCUGAGAAUCCAGGGACUUCUUUCGUUAGUACACCCCCAUUUGGAAGUGUAGGCAUGGCUAGAAAUGAUGGAAGUUUAACAGCGAGCAUUGGUGCUAAGACACCUCUGAACCAUGGAGUUGGUCUAUCUGGGAACAUUUUAGAGGGUAGUCAAUCUAAUUUUAGGCUAUUAGCCUCGCAGAGGUUGGGGAACUCACUCUUUGGAAGUGGUCCUUUUUUUGGAGCCGAUGGUGUGAAUGAGCGAGCUCGCAAUCGACGAGCUGAAAACUAUGGCACUCAACUGGACAGCAAGAAGCAGUAUCAGCUUGACUUGGAAAAGAUAACCAGCGGAGAAGACACCAGGACAACUUUGAUGAUUAAAAACAUUCCAAAUAAGUACACCUCAAAAAUGCUGUUAGCCACCAUCGAUGAGAACCACAAGGGUACUUAUGACUUUCUGUAUCUUCCUAUUGAUUUUAAGAACAAAUGCAAUGUGGGAUAUGCGUUCAUCAACAUGUUGUCUCCUGCCCACAUCCUCCAUUUUUAUAAGACAUUUAAUGGAAAGAAAUGGGAGAAGUUCAACAGUGAGAAAGUUGCCUCACUCGCGUAUGCUCGUAUUCAAGGCAAGGUAGCACUUGUUAGCCACUUUCAAAAUUCAAGCUUAAUGAACGAGGACAAGCGAUGCCGUCCCAUUCUCUUUCAUUCGGAAGGAUCGGAUGCUGGCAAUGAGGUACAUCAGGAACCUGUGACGUCAGUUGGUUUGAAUAUAUUUGUGCGUCAGCAAGAUGGAACCAUUUUAGGAGAUGCGCCAGAAAGUCCAAAUAGCAACAUAAGUGACAAGCGAGAGAAGAGCAGUAUGAAAGGAGGCAGUAUACAAUAGCGUUGUUGUGGCAAUUCAUGCGUGGCUAGGACGUAUCCAAUUGUACAAAAGAGUCUCGACAUGGAAUUCUGUGGCGCAGUUUCAUGGUUAGUUUCAUCCACUUUUGAACAUGAUCUUGAUGAGAGGAUAACUCAGAUUCCAAGAUGUUUUUGUAUAGUUUGAAGAUUUUAUCUAAUUAUGAUGUAUAGAAAUAAGGCAGAAUUGCCUUCAUAGAGGAGACUUGGGUGACCAUGAAUUUGCAAGACCUUCGACUGUCCUUUUUAUUUUUUCUUUUGCCCUGUUUCCUUUUUUUUUUUUUUUGUGGGUGCAUGUUUAUAUGAUCAUUGUAUUGGGCGUUAAGAUCAUUUGAUUUUUCUUUUGUAAUUUUAUUAACUAUUUAAAAACAAGAGAAGAUUGUGUCAAGGAAUACUGACUAAUCUACAUUGUUCGAUUUCUUUUUUGUUGAAGAA